AUGGGUUCUGUGCAGCCAGGUGAGUCCGACGUCGUUGACUGGAGGGCACGCAAGGACUGGAGAGGCUGGGUGACCAACGAGAGGGAGCAGAGAGAAGAAGCCGCAGCGAAGAGAAGGGCGGGCGAUGGGGCAUUUGUACCGGACGCGCUCAGAGGGGAGCUGACUGGCCCGGCCGCUCGCCUAGCUAUCGAGGCGGCGAGGAAAUCAGACCAACCGACGCUGGCACCGUACGCUUCCGUAUUGUCCCCAGAGUUUGCCCCACUUGGUGGGAGGCUGGCGCUGGAAGAUAUGCGGUAA